GACCCCGUAGUUGUUCUAGAAGGUCAAGCAAAAGCAUGGCUUCCACUGCGCGGAGCGUAUGCACGGCGAUAUGCUCUUUGAGAGCAUUUGGAGGAAAAAACCAUCGCUUUCUCUCUACAUCUUUACUGCGACUGGCAGCAGGAGGAGAAAGUGAUCAGCCACCUAAAUUCAUGCCACCUACGAAACCCGUCAUCCUCGACAGCGCUCACAAGCUACCAGUCCGCAGAUUCCUGAGCCCCGAAUUCAUCCCGCCUCGGCAGAGAACAAAUCCACUGAAAUUUGCUCUUGAAAGGAAAGACAUGGUAAAACGACGAACGACGCUGAACAUUCCUGAAUUUUAUGUUGGAAGCAUUUUAGCGGUGACCAUGUGGGACCCACACGCCAGUGAAAAAACCAACCGCUUUGUGGGUAUAUGUAUCCAGAGAUCGGGCAAGGGCCUAGGAGCCACUUUCGUCCUCCGAAACAUUAUUGAUGGUCAAGGUGUGGAGAUCUGCUUUGAACUCUACAACCCCCGCAUACAGCAGGUGGAGGUUUUGAAGCUGGAGAAGAGGCUGGAUGACAAUCUCUUGUACCUCCGAGAUGCCCUGCCUGAGUAUAGCACAGUGGACAUAAACAUGAAGCCUGUACCCUCUUCCAUUAGCGGGGAGGUGGCUCUCAAUCAACUGAAAGUGAAGAUGAAGCCAAAGCCUUGGUCCAAGCGCUGGGAAAGGCCCAAAUACAAGGUCCAGGGCAUCCGAUUUGACCUGUGCCUCUCUCUAGAGAAGAUGGAAGAGGCCCAGAAAUGGGCUCAACCCUGGCUGGAGUUUGACAUGCUCAAGGAGUAUGACACCACCUCCUUGGAGGAGAGCCUCAGGCAGGAGUUGCAGGAGGAGGCAAGCAAGGUGGACUCAAAAUCUGAGAAUUUAUCAACCCCUGCUUUCUGGAUUGAAGAGUCAGAGGACUGGACUGAUUGUGGCGUUUUGUGUUUUAAUAAAUUGCACUGGUUAUGUUUGAGCCACAAAAUAUAAUGUAUAUUGUAGUAAUUUUUUAAUUAUUUGUGUAGUAGAUGUUUCCCAAAAAUUUGGUCAGCUUGGAUGUUGUAUGACAUACAAAAUUGCAAAAGCAUAUCAGAUGCUGCUCAUUUGAUUGUUGAUAAAAUGCAAUAUUCAUUGCGUUUCAUCAUGAGACACCCUAGACAAAACUGUUACAAAACACUAUAAUUCCACAAGAUGUAGGCACUCUCUCUCUCAUGGUUCUUUUUUACAUAUAGUACAGGCCAAAAGUAUUAGGCCACCUGUGUUUUUUAAAAUAACUUAAGCAGAACAGAAUUCAGUUAAAAUAUAUAUGCACAUUUUAUUAAAUAAAGUAUAAUAUUUUUUCAGUUUCUACCUGCAAUAACACAAAAAGGUGUGUUUUACUUGCCUAAAAAUAAUCUUUGACUCAACUCUAAAUAGCCUCCUUUGGCUUUAAUUACAAUUAAACAAAUUAUUGGAAGUCUAUCCAAUCAUUUUACAGUGGGAGGGGGAGCGGUAAUUAAGUUGUGUGAAAUCUUAUCUAACUUAAGUUUUUUUAUUUUUUAUUUAUUUUUUUUAUUUUUUUUUUAUAAACCCCACAGUCUAGUUAGUCUAAUACAUUUAGCGUGCAUUGCAAUUAAAAUACAGUUGAGGCCAAAAGUUUACAGACACCUAGGCUAAAGAUAUUCAAACUCAGUUUUUCACAAAUCCACACAUUUCAUGUUACCAUACAUUUCCUGUGUAAAGUUAAUUCUCUGCCUUACUUGGAGGUGUGUUUUGCUAACAGACCAAUGCAGAGUUAAUAUUUAAGUUGAAUCACAAAUUUCGGAAAAAUGACAGAUUGUAAAACAGCCUGGUUAACACGCCAUAAUCAGUCAGAUUGCAGCAAGCCUCCACCACAAGAUGUAACUAAAAUUGAGACCACAGUAUACCAAAACUACUUUCCCUACUACCUUGAGGUGAGCGCAUUUCAGUCACAAGCUUUUACAGUGCUGCUGAUUAAAUUUUAAAAGUUAAUGUAAUUUAUGUUUUAUUGUCUGUUCUGGCCCCACGAUGGUGGAAUGACCUCCCUGUGGAGGUCAGAACAGGUGAGACUGUGACCCAUUUCAAAUGACGACUGAAGACCCACCUCUUCAGGCUGCACCUCUCCCCAUCCCUCCCUUCCCCCCUGUAAAUGACUAAACUUAGGGUUGUAACUAGGCAGCUGUUUCAUAGGUGACUUAGGCGCAUCAACUGUCUUAACGACUACUUGUAUUUUUAUUUAUUUUUAUUUUUAUUUUUCCAUAGAUUGCAUUGUUGCCGUUCUCGUUGUUAGUGUUAAUUAGUUUAACCAUCAGGGUCCAAGUUGAACUAUGCGGUUGUUCCCUGUACUUGGACCGGUACUUCUCUCUAGGGGUUUCGUCAUACUUGUUCCUGGUUAUGGUUAUACACUUUGUUGUACGUCGCUCUGGAUAAGAGCAUCUGCCAAAUGCCUGUAAUGUAAUGUAAUAUACUGUGUUGGAAAAGCAAAUUUUAUACCACUUUUACUACUGCUCAAGGAGAGGCGUGGGCUUUAAGCUGUGGCCCCUAAAUAGUCUUUGUUUCUUAUUUCUAUGCAAUAACUGGGACACAAACACCACAUAGAAACAUAGCGUGUGAAAACAAUAUUCUGAGUUUUUCUUCCAUCUGAAUUGACUUUCCAAAAAUAUAGAUUGUUUAGAAUAGACUACAAGAGGGAAACUCAAAUCUGGCCAUUGAGGCCUGUAGUUCUGCUUGCUGGUUUUCUUUUCUACCCAAUAGUUCAUUGACUGAUUAAUGCCACUGAUUGAACAGAGAUUUAAGUCACCUGGGGUCCCAGGUUUAAACCAGUGCUGAUUAGACGGGAGGAAUGAAAACCAGCAGUACUCCCAGCCUUGAGGUCCAGAUUUUAGUAUCCCUGGACUGCAGUAUAAUGAGUUAAAUUACAAAGUAUCUACCAGUAAGUGACUAAAUAACAAGCUAUAUUUUUCAUGGUGUCUUGAUUCUGACAGGCAAAAGGGAAAUGGAUAUUUUUCAUGCAUCUUAAAGGACAGCUAUCUGUCUGGAUAUAAUUGAUGUGUUAUAAAACCACCUAUUAAAACCUGAACGUGAACUGGGAGUAUUGCUCAUGCAGGUUUAAUAUUAGGACUUGCUUAUAGGUGGCAGCACAGAGCUCAUGUGGAUCAUUGUCAUGUUUAUGACCCUGAGUGAGUACUGUAUGUGCUCGACUAAACGGGCCUGCUGAAGUGGCCUCACAUGCUCUUCUCAGCUGUGCUGCACAGACAUGAGCUCAUCGAUUUAUUUUUCUUCAUGACAGGCCAGGGCAGCUGUCAUAUCUUAGUUGAGCCUUCAGUCUCAAUUAUUACAUUACAUUAUUACAUUACAGGCAUUUGGCAGACGCUGUUAUCCAGAGCGACGUACAACAAAGUGUAUAACCAUAACCAGGAACAAGUAUGACGAAACCCCUAGAGAGAAGUACCGGUCCAAGUACAGGGAACAACUGCAUAGUUCAACUUGGACCCUGAUGGUUAAACUGAUUAACACUAACAACGAGAACGGCAACAACGCAAUCUAUGGAAAAAUAAAAAUAAAUAAAAAUACAAGUAGUCGUUAAGACAGGCGCAUCAACUAAGUCACCUAUGAAACAGCUGCCUAGUUACAACCCUAAGUUUUAGUCAUUUACAGGGGGGAAGGGAGGGAUGGGGAGAGUUGCAGCCUGAAGAGGUGGGUCUUCAGUCGUCGUUUGAAAUGGGUCACAGUCUCAGCUGUUCUGACCUCCACAGGGAGGUCAUUCCACCAUCGUGGGGCCAGAACAGACAGGAGACGUGUUCUGGAAGUGCAGGUGCGAAGAGGGGGAGGUGCUAGGCGUCCUGAGGUAGCAGAAUGGAGGGAUCGGGCUGGCAUGUAGGGUUUGAAUAUCUUGUGAAGGUAUGCUGGGGCUGAUCCCUUGACUGCCUGGUAUGCUAGGACCAAUGUUUUGAAUUUGAUGCGAGCUAUAACAGGCAGCUAGUGGAGGGUAGUGAGCAGGGGAGUUACGUGGGAGUGUCUGGGGAGGUUGAAGACCAGACGAGCCGCAGCAUUCUGAAUGAGCUGCAGGGGUCUGGUGGCAGAUGCCGGUAGUCCAGCCAGAAGAGAGUUGCAGUAGUCCAGGCGGGAUAGAACCAUUAUUUGGACCAGGAGCUGGGUUGAGUAGGUGGUGAGAAAGUUAUACCAACUUCAGCAGACUGGAUGCGAUUUAUAAUACUGGUAGUCCUGUGCCUAUACCAGGCAAUUAUCUGUGUCCUCAUUCAGAGUAGCUUCUUAACUGUAUGAAUCAAUAAUCUGGGUAUGCGUUCACAAAACUAAGAAUAAAUGCAUUCUGUUCCCACUGAUUCCUGAA